GAAACCAGCAGCAGCGUUGGUAGCUCAGGUCAGUUAGUUCAGUCAGCAGUCAUCAGCGCAUCUAUCUAUAUAUUAUCCCCCCUUUUCUUAAAUUAGACACCUUUUAAGCUUCGCGAUACCGCCCCCAAUAUCAGCGUCGGUACGGAGCCGCCAGGCCGGGACAGAGACGGAGAGAGAGGCCUCGGCCAUGGAAGCGCUCGGACCCGACAAGCCAUCACACAUAAUGGGAAUAUCCGAGAAGACUUCUACGGGGGAAACGGCUGAUCAUCAGACACGCCCGCCCGCCCCUCCCUCUCUGUUUCAGCCUCCGCGGCGUCCCGGCCUCGGCACGGUGGGGAAACCCAUCCGGCUCCUUGCGAACCACUUCCAGGUGCAGAUUCCCAAGAUUGAUGUCUAUCACUAUGAUAUCGACAUCAAGCCUGAGAAACGGCCUCGGAGGGUCAACAGGGAAGUGGUGGACACCAUGGUGCGGCACUUCAAGAUGCAGAUCUUUGGAGAUCGACAACCUGGCUACGAUGGGAAGAGGAACAUGUACACAGCACAUCCACUGCCAAUUGGGAGAGAUAGGGUGGAUCUGGAGGUGACUCUGCCUGGUGAGGGUAAAGAUCAAACGUUCAAGGUGUCUUUGCAGUGGGUGUCUGUGGUCAGUCUUCAGAUGCUGCUGGAAGCCCUGUCGGGUCACCUUAACGAGGUCCCCGAAGAUUCGGUUCAGGCUCUGGAUGUCAUCACACGGCAUCUGCCCUCCAUGAGGUAUACUCCUGUGGGGCGUUCGUUUUUCUCCCCUCCGGAGGGCUACUAUCAUCCUCUGGGUGGAGGCAGGGAGGUGUGGUUUGGUUUCCAUCAGUCUGUCCGUCCUGCCAUGUGGAACAUGAUGCUCAACAUCGACGUGUCAGCCACCGCUUUCUACCGCGCCCAGCCUGUGAUCGAGUUCAUGUGCGAGGUGCUAGAUAUACAGAACAUCAACGAACAGACCAAACCACUGACGGACUCACAGCGCGUCAAAUUCACAAAGGAAAUAAGAGGUUUGAAAGUGGAGGUCACACACUGUGGUCAAAUGAAGAGGAAGUACCGUGUGUGCAAUGUUACACGCCGACCUGCCAGCCACCAAACGUUCCCGUUACAACUUGAGAACGGCCAAGCCAUGGAGUGUACAGUAGCGCAGUAUUUCAAGCAGAAGUACAAUCUGCAGCUCAAAUAUCCACAUUUACCGUGUCUGCAAGUAGGGCAGGAACAGAAGCACACCUACCUUCCCCUGGAGGUCUGUAACAUAGUAGCAGGCCAGCGCUGUAUCAAGAAACUGACCGACAACCAGACGUCCACCAUGAUCAAAGCUACAGCUCGCUCAGCCCCCGACAGACAGGAAGAGAUCAGCAGACUGGUCAAAAGCAACAGCAUGGUCGGGGGCCCGGACCCCUACCUGAAGGAAUUUGGCAUUGUGGUUCACAAUGACAUGACAGAAGUGACGGGGCGUGUCCUCCCAGCGCCCAUGCUGCAGUAUGGGGGCCGGGUGAGUACAGACACAGGGCGGGACUGUGGCAGGGGACUCUCUCCGCAGAACAAAACCGUGGCCACGCCCAACCAGGGCGUGUGGGACAUGAGGGGGAAGCAGUUCUACGCCGGCAUCGAGAUCAAGGUCUGGGCUGUGGCCUGCUUCGCUCCGCAGAAACAGUGUCGAGAGGACCUGCUAAAGAGCUUCACUGACCAGCUGCGAAAGAUCUCCAAGGACGCCGGGAUGCCCAUUCAAGGCCAGCCAUGUUUCUGUAAAUACGCCCAAGGAGCCGACAGUGUGGAGCCCAUGUUCAAACACCUCAAGAUGUCUUACGUAGGUCUGCAGCUGAUUGUGGUCAUCCUGCCUGGCAAAACACCAGUCUAUGCUGAGGUGAAGCGGGUUGGCGACACCCUCCUUGGCAUGGCAACACAGUGCGUGCAGGUGAAGAACGUAGUGAAGACGUCCCCCCAGACCCUCUCCAACCUGUGCCUCAAGAUCAACGCCAAGCUCGGAGGCAUCAACAACGUCCUGGUGCCUCAUCAGAGGCCCUCUGUGUUCCAGCAGCCUGUCAUCUUCCUGGGUGCGGAUGUCACACAUCCUCCAGCGGGUGACGGGAAGAAGCCGUCCAUCGCGGCGGUGGUGGGCAGCAUGGACGGCCACCCCAGCCGAUACUGCGCCACGGUGCGAGUCCAGACGUCUAGACAAGACAUAUCGCAGGUAACAGAGUGCCCUACUCCUCCGUCUCAUCAGGAGCAACUCUUCAGCCAGGAGGUAAUCCAAGAUUUGACCAACAUGGUGCGAGAGCUUCUCAUCCAGUUCUACAAGUCCACGCGUUUUAAGCCCACACGAAUCAUUUAUUAUCGCGGCGGCGUGUCUGAGGGACAAAUGAAACAGGUGGCGUGGCCAGAGCUGAUAGCCAUCAGGAAGGCCUGCAUCAGUCUGGAGGAGGAUUACAGGCCGGGCAUUACCUACAUCGUGGUUCAGAAACGUCACCACACUCGUCUCUUCUGUUCUGACAAGGCUGAGAGGGUGGGGAAGAGCGGUAACGUCCCAGCAGGCACCACGGUGGACAGCACUAUCACACACCCGUCCGAGUUCGACUUCUACCUGUGCAGCCAUGCUGGAAUUCAGGGAACCAGUCGUCCCUCCCACUACCACGUCCUGUGGGAUGACAACUGUUUCACGGCCGACGAACUGCAGCUCCUCACCUACCAGCUGUGCCACACCUACGUCCGCUGCACGCGCUCCGUUUCCAUCCCGGCACCAGCCUACUACGCCAGGCUAGUGGCUUUCCGAGCCCGCUAUCACCUGGUGGACAAAGACCAUGACAGUGCUGAAGGAAGCCACGUGUCGGGCCAGAGUAACGGCCGGGACCCCCAGGCGUUGGCCAAGGCAGUUCAGAUCCACUAUGACACCCAGCACACCAUGUACUUCGCCUGAGCUAGCGAGCAUGUCAGCCAGUCCACCCGCGGAUUCCCUUUCUUCUUUUUCUUCUUCUGUCUUUUUAUCUCUUAUUUGCCAGUCUCUCUCUUUCUCUCUCUUCUUCUUCUUCCAUAUCUGUCUCUCUCACUUUGUAGUCUUUCUCUUUACACUCACUCUACAUUUUUCUGAAUCUGCACCAAAGCGGCUCUAGGACAGGGGUGGGAGGGGGGGGGGGGGAUCUGCUGCGUCUCAGUACGUGCAGCAGGUUUUUAUUUCAAGGAACAAUCUCCAACCAGCGUUCCCAAUCGAGCCGCCACUCAAACCAGCAAUCCAGCACUGCAAACCCCCCGAGGGGUUUCCAAUGCACAAAAAGGAAAAAAAAAACAAAAAAAAAAACACGGAAAAACAAAAACAAACCAUACACACACAUCCUACAAGUUGAGCCAUUAUUUUUUGAGUUUGUUUUUGUUUUUUCUAUUUGAAUGUCUGCACUCUUGUGUUUGUAAGAUACACUGAGCAAGGGAGUGGACUGGCACAGUGUGUGUCGGUCAGCGCAGCUCUUUAGCUCUCCCAGCUAAGCAGGACUCUUAUCUACUUUUACCUCAAAGCCCCUUUGGGCAAAAAUCUGUCACAAGGUCUUGGGUUUAUUGGGUGGUCGGGAGGGGAACUCUACACGAAAAGAGAUGGAUGGGGAGUCGACCUUUUGAGAAUGAUAUAUAUAUAUUUUUUUUUCCUUUUUAUGAGCGUGUGUUUUAACUUUUUUCUCCUUUUACGGUCUUUAACAAGCGAGGUGACCUGGGUGUCCAUGCCCAUUACUAUUUUCCUCCCAUCUUAGCGAAGAAGUUUGUGUGAGUGCGUUUGUGUGUGCACCCUCUGUAUAUACAUGUACUGCUGUAUGAGAGUGUGUUGUGUGUGUGUGCAUGCGUGUGUUUCAUGGCAGGCCACUGAAUUGUAAAGGGAAAUCAAGGAGAUAACUGCUGUAAAUGCCUCAGAUUUGUUGUUUUUAUAUUCACACAUACAGUACAUAUAAGCAUAUAUUUACAUCUAUAGAGCAACUUUGAGACAUAUGACUAAAACAGGCCUCAUAGAGGCCGGUGUGGGUAUUUGUAGCAGUCCUGGGUCACUUGUUAAUUGAAAUGCUUUGAGUUACAACGCGUGUUAGCCUACUGCUAAGGCAUUGCGGGUGGGAUUUUUGCACCUCUAGUGCCUCAAAACCAUCAUUGAAAAUCCCGGAAAAAGCAACUUAAUCCAUUUCAAGCUAGCGAGUGAAGUCAGGUCUGACUGUGUAGCAGUGGUAACCGUGGUCUGGCCCGUGACUGGCUCAGCAUUGGGACCUGUUGAACGGCUGACGGCAUUAAACACAGAGUAUGGUCUUUAUCAACCUUGCUGUCUGUGUGAAAAGCAGGAUCUUAUUUUUCUUUGGACCUGAUUAUCUGAAAGAUUAUAUGACGACACUGCUGGACAUUGCUUUUUCUUUCUUUUUAUUUGUUUUGUAGAAGUAGUAAUCAAGGGCCGGAAACCAACGUAGUUUUUCGAGGUCUCCUUUGCUAAUAUUGGCCAAUUCAUUGCACUGACCCGGGACGCUAGGCAAGCAACAGAGGGCACUCUCAAUCUCUCUUACCUUUAUGCAUUUAUACAUACGAAUCAAACAAAGCAGAUUUGUAAAAGUUUAAUAUAAGAUGUUUUGUGGUUAUCUUAAAAAAAGAACCAGUUGUUUAGAAUUAGUAGUUUACCAUUGAUGUCGUUGUUGUUAUCGUUGUUGUCAAUGUUGUUACUAUCGUGAUGAAAUUUUAUGGUCGGCAGCAAAGCCAGUUCUAUAGUUACUAGUGCGACUUCAGGAAUAGACUUCAGUUGUUGAGCUGCAGGUUUAGGGGGCGGGGCGGGGGGGUAGGGUAGAGUUUGGUUUUUUUUUCUGUAGCAUUCUGGCUAACGGUGAGAAGAAGUCAGCCCCAGGAUGGAUGGAUUCAUGCUUCCUCUGUAGGUUCUGAUGCGAGUGACAUUUCGCGGCAGAUUUGAGGUAUUGUGUAGCACUCCGACUGGUAAAAAACAGGUCUGCCGCUGUUUGUGUAUAUAUAUAUACGUAUAUAUAUACCGCUCAGCUGGUAUCGGUUGUUUUUUUUGAUCAGAUAGAUGGAGACAAUCAGGGAUUGUAAUCGGAGUGAACCUAGAUUUAAGGGAUUUGUUUUGUUUGCGGUAGGCAAUGAGUUGAAUUUUUAGACUUUUUAAAAAAAACGGUUUCUAUUAACUCUGUGUGUAUUUGAAGUAUACCCACCUUUAAAGUCUCUGCUAUUUGACGGUGUUUGUUUCAUAUUUUUAUGCAUUUUUAACACUGGAUUAAAUGAAUCGACAAUAAGCAUAAGCACUGCCCUUGGACCCCCCCACCCCUGUACAAACACAAUGCAAACUGUCACCACGGAAACCAUAGUGACAUCAGCAAGGUGGUGACAGUUGUGCAUGUGGUGUCCCCCGGUGGUGGAGAAAGGUGUAGGACAAGGAGAACAGUCGACGUGCACGCCUCAUCAGGAGGGGACCGCUCAGCGAAAAUUCUUUUGUAAUAAACCACCCGUAAAGCAGCAGGUUUACUAUGAAUGAGUUUGAGCACCGGCCUGUUGAAGGCGUGGGCGUUGGCGUCGAGAGAAGCAGGAAACGAGGAGGGCUAGUAGUAGUAGUGGGUGUGGGGGGGUAUGGGAGGGUGUCGUCCAGGCAUUGCAUGCAAUAACUUUUACUCUUUGUUGAAAGGGGGCAGAUCGGUUUUUAAAACGUGCACUAGUUUCACCAAGCCAAGUGGGCUGUGAUUUGAAUAUUCAUCUCUUAACGGGGAAUGAUUAAUGUUUUAAACCCUCAAAUAUUUGGUCAUUAAACUCCAGUCAGAUAAAUGAUCACUCCCUGUUUGUAACAAUGACAUUGCAAAGCAAUAUUAACCCAGUUCUAGUUUUCAAAAUGUGGAAAAACAAAGCUAUAAUUCUACUCAUUGUGGUUGUUGGUCUCUCGCUAUAUUGUGUAUCUGUACUUUUAAUUUUUUGUUUUUAUUUUUUUGGUUUAUUUUAUUUGCUUGUAUCAAUCAGUGGGAAUGUGCAUUUUGGUGGAAUAGCUAUGUAGGCUUUAGACAAUUUUUCUUUUAAAAUGUAGACUUUGCUCGCCUGCAUGCCAGAGUAUUGUCCUUUUAAAAACGAAAAAAAAAAAAAAAAACUUUUUUGGAAUCAUAUUUAUGAGAAAAAAUAUAAUUUUUUUUUUUUUUUUUUUUGGGUAAAUGUUGAUCAAUUUAGUGGGACUGUUUUAGGCUAGCAAUAUUUGUCCAGUCUCUCUAAGAUUGCGUUUUAAAGAUUCCUACACAAAUGUCAGUAAUUUUUGUGAGAGGUACAAGCUGUUCUCCGAGGCGAGGGGGCCCGGCUCUUUGCGUCGUGUCCAAAUUCAAACGAGGUACUUUCUUCAAACGCGGACCGCGUUAAAGACCGAAACCCCUCUCCUCUCUGCCAGGCUACCCGUAGCGAGCAUCCAUUUCGUCUCCUCCCGGUUCCCUGGUUUGUACCUGUAGGCCACGCCUAUAUCGUUGGGAGGCUCUCCUGUCUUCAUGGCAACUCUGCUGACCCCUCACAAAUGCACUUCCCUCUUUGUGAAACGGUCCCCAUGGCAUCAUAGGGAGCAGGAUUACCUCUUUUUAACCUUUUUAAAAAAAAACAAAAAAAAAAGCUCCAUAAUUCUUUCUGUGCCCCGAUAGAGAGAGCAUGAAUUAUUUUUAAAUUCCUCUCACUUUGAUAUAUUGUUAUAUCUUAACGGAUUUGUAAUUUGACAUUGUGUAUUGUGUAUUUUAAUUUUGUUUUUUUCCCUCUUUGGUUCUUUCUUUUUUUUUGGGGGGGGGUUUGUUAUAGCUCUGCUCUGUUCCUUUUUUUUGUUUUGUUUUGUUCUGCUAGUGGUCUCUGAAGCUGUGUGUGAUUGUCUGAUAGCAAUAGAAUCAUGGAAUUGGAACAUUCCAAUUCGGUGAAUGGAACGUUUCGAUUCUGUGAAUGAACGGAACCCCUUUCUGACCGGUUGUGAGAGGGCGGGGCCUGUUCAAGCUCCGCCCCCCCAGCAGAGGGCCAUUCACUCGCUGUUAUUGCUAUUUUGUGACAUGUUCAAAUACAUUUUUUUCUUUCUUUUUUUUAGCCUGCAGGGAAUUCUUGUGUUAAUGUGCAAAGUAAUAAAUUGGUAUUUUAUGCCUAUAACGUA